UGCAGUGGAUGUGACACUUGAUCCUGAUAUAGUACAUCCCAAACCCACUCGGCCUAAUGAUAGAGAACAGAGUGUCGAUAUGUCUCUUGCCAGCUGUCUGCUGACUGAAGAUCAGUUUCUGUGCUCCAUCUGUCUGGAUGUGUUCAGUGAUCCAGUCACCAUACCAUGUGGACACAACUUCUGUAAAACCUGCAUCACUAAACACUGGGAUAGUAAUGUCCGAUGUCAGUGUCCCACCUGUAAAAAGGUUUUCAACACCAGACCUGAGCUGCAAGUCAAUACUUUCAUCUCUGAGAUGGCUGCACAGUUCAGACAGUCAGCUCAACAGAAAGCCAGCAGCAGCAGCUCAGAGCAACAAGGGUCCAAACCAGGAGAAGUUCCCUGUGACGUCUGCACUGGAACCAAACUGAAGGCCCUGAAGUCCUGCCUGGUGUGUCUGGACUCCUACUGUGAGACUCACCUGGAGCCUCAUCUGACAAGAUCAGGCCUGAAAAGACAUCAGCUGAUCGACCCUGUGGAGAACCUGGAAGGCAGGAUGUGUACGAAGCACGAUAAACUGCUGGAGCUGUUCUGUAAGACUGACCAGAUGUGUAUCUGCAUGCUCUGUACCUACUCAGACCACAAGACACAUGAUGUUGUUCCUCUGAAAGACGGAUAUGAAGGAAAGAAGGCAGAGCUGGGGAAGACAGAGCCUGAAAUCCAGCAGAUGAUCCAGAAGAGACGAAUGAAGAUUCAGGAGAUCAAACAGUCAGUGGAGCUCAGUGAGGAAGAUGCAGACAGAGAGAUAGCAGAAGGUGUUCUUGUCUUCAGCGCUCUGAAGGAGUCUGUUGAGAGAAGCCAGGCCGAGCUCAUCGACACAAUCAAAGAGAAGCAGAAAAAGACAGAGAAACAGGCUGAAGGCUUCAUCAAAGAGCUGGAACAGGAAAUCUCUGAGCUGAAGAAGAGAGGCACUGAGGUGGAGCAGCUCUCACAGUCUGAAGACCACCUCCACAUCCUCCAGAGCUUUACUUCCCUGAAUGCUGCUCCACCCACCAAGGACUGGACAAACAUCAGCGUCCGUCCACCUAAAUACGAGGGGACUAUGGUGAGAGCUGUGUAUCAGCUCGAGGAGACGCUCAGUGAACAGAUGAAGAAGCUUUUUGAGGCCGAGCUGAAGAGGGUCCAGCGUUAUGCAGUGGAUGUGACACUUGAUCCUGAUAUAGUACAUCCCAAACCCACUCGGCCUAAUGAUAGAGAACAGGUAAAUCAGGGUAACGAGUGUAGAUGUGUCUUAUCAAAGCAGGCUUUCACUUCAGGGAAGUUUUAUUUCCAGGUUCAUCUUAAGAAGUGGUCAGAUUGGACUUUAGGAGUGGCCAGGAAGUUGACCAACAUGAAGGAAAAAACCAUACUGAGCCCGUCAAAUGGUUACUGGACUGUAUGUCAUAAGCAGCAAAUGUUGGGUACCAGUGGGUACUAUGCUCCUUCUACUACUAUACUAUACUAUCCUUCAGUCCGUCUCUCUCUGAAGACAAAACCUCAGAAAGUGGGGGUGUUUGUGGAUUAUGAGGAAGGUCUGGUCUCAUUUUAUGACAUUGAUACUGCAGCUCUUAUCUAUUCCUUUACUGGCUGCUCUUUCACUGAGAAACUCUACCCAUUCUUCAGUCCCUGCCCAAAUGAUGGUGUUAAAAUACACAGCCCUAAUGAGAGUUGUGUAUUACAAUGAAAAGGGAAGCAAUUUUUCUGGAUAAAUCCAGAAUUUUAAGCCCUAACUACCAUUGUUAUAUCACCUCUGCAUGGGACAUAAUGCCAGUCAGGGAAGGACUGUUGAUUAAAUAUCCGAGCCUGGUCCGACAGCCUAGCUCUAGCAGGGAUGAUUCUUCAUAAUGAUUAGCCACAAUUCACUUUUGACAAUGGACAGUUUAAGAAAGAUAUAUUUGCCUCAGAGUAGAUUAAUUUGAUUAAAUUAUUAUUUGGAAUGAUUGUUUAAAUUAUGUAAGGGAUAAUGCCUGAUGAUGUGUCCAUUAUCAGGAAUCCUGCUCAUACCAUGGCCUCUUGCCAAAGAAAAGAAUUUAAGACUAUACAUUUAUAUGUGUUUUGCAAUCAAAAUCCAAACUAAUACUAGAACAAUCAUUACCAUCCCAUAAGGUUAUUGAGAGAUCCAGCUAAGUGGAAAACAACCAAAGCUAACCCCUUAAAGGCUUCUGAUGUUUUUGAUCUUUUUUUUAAAAUCUAUUUUGUAAACACAAUAUAUUCAUGUCACUGUCAAAAAAUAUGUAAAUUGGAAUUGGGGGUGUGAUGAACAGUGGCAAUUAUAGUCAC